AUGGCCAAGACGGAGAACCAGGAGAUUGAAAAUGUGGCUGGCAUGAACAAUUUCAGCGAGCCACAGAAGAAUCACACGGAUUAUAGUCAAGUUGACAAGGAAAUUGCCAAGUACGCCACCGAUGGCGCUAUCGAGAUCGACGAAGCCACCAAUAAACGACUGAAGAAGAUGAUCGAUAAACGGGUGCUGGUGGUGAUGAUGUUUACAUAUUUGCUGCAGACUUUGGAUAAGGGUGCGCUGUCUUUUGCCUCGAUUAUGGGCAUUAAGACCGAUGCGCACCUGGUGGGUCAGCAGUACUCAUGGUUGACUACUAUCGUUUAUAUCGCUAUCCUUGUCGUUGAAUAUCCGGAAAACUGGAUCAUCCAGCGAGUUCCCAUCGGAAAGUGGCUCUCCAUCAAUAUUUUGUUAUGGGGUAUUUGCAUCUCCCUGAUCGCUGCCAUGGACACAUUUGAAGGAUUAGCCACUCUUCGUGCAUUCAUGGGUGUCUUCGAGGCUGCUUGCCAGCCGACCUUUGUCGUGUUAUCGGCAACAUGGUACAAGAGAGAAGAGCAGGCCAGUACCAUCAACUUCUGGUUCAUGAUGAAUGGUCUCCAGAACAUCAUUGGUGGCCUGCUGGCCUUCGGAUUCUCCUUCGUACCCUCCACUUCCCCAAUCAAAUCGUGGCAGGCCCUCUUCAUGAGCUACGGAAUUAUCACCGUAAUCUGGGCCAUCUUUGUCUAUUUCUGGUUACCUGACUCCAUUAUGCGUGCCAAGUGUUGGUCCGAAGAAGAUAAGCGUCUGAUGGUUGAGCGAGUGCGACAAAACCAGACUGGUCUACAGAACCGAAACUUCAAAUGGGAGCAAGUGAGAGAGGCCUUUGCUGAUCCACAGCUCUACGCAUUCGCUCUCAUCCAACUGUUGACUACCAUUCCUUCCGGGGGCAUCGGUGCGUUUGCCAACAUCAUCGUCAGCUCAUUCGGUUUCAGCACCUGGGCGAGUCAACUCCUAUUGAUGGUCGUCGGAGCUGUCACAGCCAUCACGAUGAUAUCCUCGGCCUACCUUGACCGCUACUUCAAGCAGACCAUCAUAAUCAUGAUUCUCUCUUUAGUUCCAUCAAUCAUCGGCACUUCAAUCCUAGUCGGAAUCCCAUUCUCGUCAGAUAAAAAAAUCGGCAUGCUAAUUGCAUACUUCAUUUUCUACUCAUUCUUCGCUGUUCAGUCGCUUGGCUUGAGUUUGAUGUCUCGAAAUGUGGCCGGUCAGACCAAGAAAUCCAUCGUCAUCGCCUGCAACUUUGUUUUCUGGGCUGGUGGAAAUGCCAUUGGACCUCAGAUUUUCCGAGACAAAGAUGCACCACGGUAUUAUCUUGCCUUUGCAAUUAUUCUGGGCUGUUUUGGACUGUGUCUUAUUCUUCUUAUCGCGCUGCGCAUGUGGUACAGCAUUCAGAACCGCAGGAGGGAUGCGAAGAUUGCAUCUGGGGAGGUUGUGCCCGAUGUUAACUUUACACAUGCUUUCGAGGAUAUCACGGACUGGAAGAACCCUCACUUUAGAUAUAGCUACUGA